AUGAAGAUCGUAAUUUCAGGAUUUGUGCUUUCGGCUUUGACUUGCCAUGCUUUUGUGGUCCCUCCAGUUCAGAGGCCAAUGGCCUUUGUGAGCCAGCAGGCAACAUUUGGUUUGAACAUGUCCGAGGAAGCUGUGGAAGUAAAGGAAGUGGUAGAAAAACCAGUGGAAGCCAAGACUGUCGUGGCUGAAGCCCCCAAGCCAGAGGAACCCAAGGUAGAAAAAGUGGAAAAGCCGGUUGAGGCUGUCAAGGAAGCUCCUGUGGAAGCCAAGGCAGAGAAAACAGUUGUUGCGGAAGCCAAGCCAGCUGAAGAACCAGUGAAAGAAGUUGUAGAGAAGAAAGAAACACUGGUGGCAGAGGCACCCAAGGAAACCCCCAAACCAGUAGAAGAGCCUGUCAAACAAGUGGUGGAAAAGAAAGAAACUCUGGUAGCUGAAGCCCCCAAGGAAGAACCCAUCAAAGAAAUCAAAGAAGCUGUGGUGGAGAAGAAAGAAACUCUUGUGGCGGAAGUAACCAAGCCAGUGGAAGAACCUGUCAAGGAAGUGGUUGUGGAAAAGAAGGCAGAACUCUUGGCUGAAGCACCCAAGGUUGUUGCUGAGAACCCAGUCAAGGCAGAAGCCGUUGUUGCAAAGGUUGAAGAAGCUGUUUCGUCCACCUCAGAAACCAUGGCGGCGGUAGAACCACUUCAGAAGGAAAUGGUUGCCAAAGCAGCUGCUGCGUCUGAUGAUGUGCUCCAACCCUCGAUGGAAAAGUUGUCCAAGGUUUUGGAGUUGAGUUCGUCGGGUGCUGUUUCCAAGGAAGAAAUUUUGGGCAGAGUGGGUGAUAUCAUUGGUGAACUGAACAAUGUCUUGGAUCACUUGUAA